UGAUAAUGUUGACGUGUGAAUCGAAACAAGAGAGAGAGAGACCGGUUUUUACCGAAGUGUAGAAGGAAGAAUAAUAGAAAAAAGAACCAGGUGGCUGGUGCCGUCGGUGUUGACUGCAGACGGAAAUCCAUCUCAUCUCUAAGCGAACAUAUCAAAGCUGCUACCGGAAACGGCGAAAAGAAAACCUCUCUCCUUCACAAUCUCCUGAUCAGAUAGGUUAGAUAAAAAGGAAGAUGGGCAUGAAGCAAGCAUUAAAAAGCCUGGAUGCCUUUCCUCGUGCGGAGGAACAUUUGUUGCAGAAGACGCAAUCAGGGGCAUUAGUCUCGAUCGUUGGUUUAGUGAUAAUGGCUGCGCUGUUCUUUCAUGAGCUUACGUAUUAUCUUACUACAUAUACUGUUCAUCAGAUGUCUGUAGACUUGAAACGUGGAGAAACACUUCCCAUUCACAUUAAUAUGACAUUUCCUUCAUUACCUUGUGAUGUCUUAAGCGUCGAUGCCAUUGACAUGUCAGGCAAGCAUGAAGUGGAUCUUGAUACUAACAUAUGGAAACUUCGCCUGAGCAGUCAUGGUCAAAUCAUUGGCACUGAAUAUUUGUCUGACCUUGUGGAAAAGGAGCAUGCAGCUCACAAGCAUGAUGAUGAGAAGGAACAUCAUGAUGAUUCUGAUAAAAAGCUUCAUGCACUCGGCUUUGAUCAAGAAGCUGAAAAUAUGAUCAAGAAGGUGAAGCAAGCAUUGGCCAAUGGAGAAGGAUGCCGGGUUUAUGGGGUAUUAGAUGUUCAAAGGGUGGCUGGAAACUUCCACAUUUCAGUUCAUGGGUUAAACAUUUAUGUUGCUCAAAUGAUCUUUGGAGGAGCAACACAUGUCAAUGUAAGUCAUAUGAUUCAUGAUUUAUCAUUUGGGCCAAAGUAUCCAGGACUUCACAACCCACUUGAUGGUACUGUGCGGAUUCUGCAUGACGCAAGUGGAACAUUCAAGUAUUACAUAAAGAUUGUCCCUACGGAGUACAGAUAUAUCUCAAAGGAAGUUUUGCCAACUAAUCAAUUCUCCGUCUCAGAAUAUUUUUCCCCUAUGCAUGAGUUUGAUAGGACAUGGCCAGCUGUUUACUUUUUGUAUGAUCUGUCACCAAUCACUGUGACAAUAAAAGAAGAGCGCCGAAGCUUUCUCCAUUUCAUCACUCGACUUUGUGCAGUAUUGGGUGGAACAUUUGCUUUAACAGGGAUGCUAGAUCGUUGGAUGUUUAGGCUUAUUGAAGGGCUGACUAAACCAAGCCAUAAAGGUGUAUUUCGGUAGAGUUUUGAAGUGCAAGUAGAAGAACAGCAUCGACUCACGUGUGCAUCUCAAUGGGAUUCUGAAAUUGUGAAAAUCACUUGGCUUCAGAAGCAUAGCCUGACCUUAGAAUGCAGAAAGUGAGGAUUAAAAGAAUAUAUAAUACAAACCCCAUAUUCUGCGGCUUGCUAAAAUUAUUCCCUGCAGUCAUCUUUUUUUGUUCCUUGGUCUUUUCGGAUGUCCUAAGUUGUUUCAUAUUUUGUAAGGCUAGUUUUGUUGGUGCUCUGGGCAACUUAGGGCAUGAAAUAGAUAUAGAAUAUGUUACUUUUGGGAGCCAGAAUAUUUGAUUAUUUCUGUUGGAUUA